AUGGACUUAAAACUGGAGGCUGCUCUUGCCCACAUUGGUUCUAACAAAUUAAUGUGGUCGGAACAGGAGCAGACCGAGGGAUGGGUAGAUGAAGAAGCAAUGCACCGUGACCUCGAUAUGGCAGAGGCCCAAGUCCAUGAAGGUCUGGUUGAUGAAGAAAACAAACUUCAAGCCUACAGCAUCACCCCUCAACAAUAUGAUGAGACAAAGUCCACCCUUGAAUAUGUCUUAACAGCCAUUCGUUUUACUCGCAACUCGAUAAACUCAGUGGACAAAGAUCAAGUCGCUUGGUUCCAUGCCAGGGACUAUUUCGGAUCUCUCGUAAAAACUACACCCCCCUUCAUCUUCAUUGAGGACGAUGACGAGCUGACAAGCCUCAUCAUGUCUGACCAAGGCAAAGGCAAAGGCAAAUCAGCUGUCACAGCCAAAGAUGAAGAGGCGCUGGAAGUGCUGAGAUACGCACGUGCCAAAACAAGAGCUGAUCUUCGUAGGAAUACAUUUGCCCGAUUGAGCCAGUUUUUCGCUCAGAAAUGUCCCACUGAGGAGGAAAAUGCCUCAGAGACCUCAUCACAAGAGCUAGUGAAGGGCUUCCAGGUUAUGGAUAUUGACUCUCAUAUGGAUGAGAGCGUAUCUGUGGCGGAUGAUGAGGAAGAUUUGGGAGCCUUAGAAGUUGUUCUAAGUAGCUUCAAUCAGGAGUACAGCUUAGUGGCUCAGGGUAUCAAUGCCACAGAAGCUAAGGAGCAAUUUGUGGAAGAUGCCACCAAGACUGAAAUUUUUCUCACCGCUUUUGGAGUACUUCUCAUCACUGAUCCGGACACUGUCACUGAGGAGUGGCGGCAAAAUCUGGGGACCAGUUAUAACGUGAUCUCUUUCAUGAUGUCAAGAUCAGAAGAAAUGGUGAUGGAGUACCACAGACUGCGGUCCACGGGACAAUCAACUUAUCCUGAGGAUGAUGAAGAAAACAAUCGACGCAUUGCCAGUCUGCCGAUCUGGCAGCAACUUAAGACUCGUUUGACUAAGGCAAUGGCAACACUAGAGAUUGCCCAUGCUGCUGAAAAGAGCUCCCGAGGGCAGAGGAUACCCGUAAAGGGCUGUACGGGCCCACCGCCUCCACCCCUGGGAGGUAGCAUUGGAAUUUUCCAAACUCGUUCCCGACCGAGAUUCAUGCGAUCACGACUGCAGAGGCCCGGAACCUCGCUGGUGCCAGGACACUUCUUGCUGGCUGGAGCAGAUGUUACCACCAUACUUCGACGGGACAGAACAUUCACACAUUGGUGA